UUUCCUGCCUCCUUGCGGAGGGAGGUAUUAGGAAUUUAUGGUAGUAAGUGGAAGAAGUGGACUGUUCAUAACCACUAAUAAAGGAUCAGAUAUUGUUUUGUAAUUCAGUGUUUUAUGUAAUUCUGUAAUUUUAUCCUCGUAGCAGCUAAGGUUAGAUCUGGGGUACGGUACCAAAACUUGACUCUAGGACUCAAGGACAACACACACACAAAGAAACACACACAGAAAGAAAGAAAGAGAGAGAGCCGCGCAGGAAGACAUCUAAACAGCUUCUUUACCACUGCAGCACGACUUAUUGAGUCAAUAGGAAAUUAUUUGCCUAUAUUCAGUAUCACGGUAUAUUGCCACUGGAGAAAUAAUAGUCUACUAAAUCGGGUUCGUAGACAGACUGCAGAGUAGCUGCCCCAGCUGUUUCCCCGAAAAUGUGACCACGCCCCCCUUACACACGAGAGCACUGGGCUGCUAUGCGGAGCAGGGCAGUUGACACUACAGCUGUGAUCAGAGAGACGCGCAAAGAGAUGGACUAACUGCACAAGCUCCCCCAUAGCAUCCACUCUCAGGAGUCACCAAGCCACCACUUACUGGAGUGCUGCUUUCAGGAUCAGAAUGGCUGUGGACAAGUCUCUGGGGAUAGAGUAACUGCUGUGUGAUUGGAGGUUUGUAUGAGACGCCAGAGAGAAACAAGAUAAGGAGAAGAACACAGAGAAACCGCGGGGAACGUGGAGAACGUCUUGCUUCACACAUAGAAACCAUGAUAAUGCUAACAAAACGUGAACGGAACCUUAACGGAACACUCAGUGAGGUCAUGUAGCUGCACUCGGAACGCCCUGCAUGUGACCACUCUUCCUGCAUUGCCUCGGUUUCUCUGAGUGGUUGGUUUCGAGAGUGACAAACCAAUGGAGAAGAGUGCUGAGGAGCUGAACCUCUCGUUCCUGCUGGAGCAUGAGAGAGAGAUGAUCCUCAGUGUCCUGCAGAAGGAUGAGAAACUGAGGAAGCGAGAGGAGAAGAGGAUACGGAAGCUGAAGAAUGAGCUGGUGGAGAUCAGGCGUAAGGGUUCACGCUGCCCCCAGGAGGUUGGGGAGCGUCAAUGUGCCCGCUGCCUGAAGGGCCUGGGCCUGAUCUUUGACCGUGGGGAGCUCUGUGAGGAGUGCCUACAGCGUGUCUGCAGCGACUGCCGCGUAAUGCCCCCUAAAGGAAAGCAGUGGAAGUGCUCCAUCUGCGCCAAAGUCUCAGAGCUGAAGGUAGUGACCGGGGAGUGGUUCCUGGAGGAGCGAUCCAAGCGGUUUGACCAGGGGGCGGUGCUCAGCAGUGAUGUUGUCAAACAGUCUAUCCUGAGCAGCCCCGCUGGAAGCCCCCACAGGAAGUCUCCAGCGCCAGGCGACACAAUCCACACACCUGAGAGGCCUGACACGUCCAAAUCAGGAAGAAGCACCGUAAGGAACCUGGUGGAUGGUGCCAAGAGGAAAGGGAAAGGGAUGCGGAUGGAAAAGAGGGGCAGCCGUCCCAGCCUGAAGCCAGAAAACGAGUACGGUGGUAGUGUGUGUCCUCCUGUUCCCGACAUAGACACAUGCAGCGUACGCAGCGCCCGGUCUGCACCACGCUCCACAACCCGCUCUGCACAUCACUCACACAGGGGUAGUGCUGUGGCUCUGGAGACCUUAGGGUUCCCUACUGUACCCAACAACCUGCGCUCCCAAACCCUGGAGAGGGACAGGUCCCCUACACCCAGCAGCAAGACCAGGAGGGUCAGGCCGGACGGAGCAGAGAGCGUGGCUAGUUUCCACUCCAGCGACAGCGUGUUUGACAAGAUGGCCGAAACCGUCACCAGGCAUGGCAGGACGGAGCCUGGCACUGCCACCCCCACCAUCGCUGUCUCCAGGGCCUCCGUGUCUUCAGAUCGUAGUCGUUCUGAGGUGGACCUGUCUGUUCCUGGUUCUGCCAGUGAUGAGGCCCUCAGUCUGAGGAGCCACUCUGUCCCUGGGCUCAAUGACACGGAGUUUAAUAAUGCUGAGAAAGACGAGGACAUCGAUGCUCUGAUGUCGGCACACAGCAAGGCCACCAGCCGACGCAUGAGCAACGCUAUGUCCACGUCUUCUACUCCUGGCUCAGAGAGAAAAUGGGGCUACCUCAGUCUCCCUGGCGACUCGGACGCAGAGACUAGCAGUCUGAACAGUAUGAUGAGUAUGUACAGUGAGACCGGUGACUAUGGCAACGCCAACGUGAGUGGGGAGCUGCUGUUGAACAUCAGCUACAGCUAUAAGACAGGCGCUCUCAAUGUUCUGGUGAAGGAGUGUCGCAAUCUGGCAACUGGGGAUGAGAGGAAGCAAUGCACAGACGCCUAUGUGAAGGCUUACCUUCUCCCAGACAAGUCUCGCCAGAGCAAGAGGAAGACCAGCAUCAAGACCAACACAAUCAACCCUGUGUUCAAUGAGAACCUUAGGUAUGUGAUCAGCCACUCCCAGUUGGAGACGCGGACAUUGCAGCUGUCUGUGUGGCACCACGACCGCUUCGGUCACAACAGCUUCCUUGGUGAGGUGGAGCUGACCUUUGACUCCUGGGAGUUUGACACUAACAUGGAGGAGUGGUACUCUCUGCAACCCAAGCUGGACAGUAGAAUGGACUCCACGCUCCAGUAUAAAGGGGAGCUAACCGUCGUUCUUAAGUACAUCCCUGCAGAGAAGAACCUUAUGCUACCCCUGGACCAGGUUCAAGUGAAGAAAGGCUUUCUGAAAGGAAAGAAGACCAGCAUCAAGCUGCCCAAAGGAGGAAUGGUGGAGCUGCUGGUCAAGGAGGCCAAGAACCUGACCGCUGUCAAGUCUGGAGGCACCUCGGACCCCUUUGUGAAAGGGUACCUGCUCCCUGACAACAGUAAGUCCACCAAGCACAAGACGGCAGUGUUACGUCGCACGGUCAACCCCCAGUGGAACCACACCUUUACCUACUGUGGCCUGCAGGCCGGAGACCUGAACAACGUGUGUCUGGAGCUCACCGUCUGGGACAAGGAGGCUCUAGCCAGCAACGUCUUCCUGGGGGGAGUCCGACUCAACGGAGGGACAGACCAGAGCUAUGGGAACCAGGUGGACUGGAUGGACUCAUACGGAGAGGAACAGCGGCUAUGGCAACGCAUGAUUGACAACCCAGAGGUCCCCCAGGAGUGUACACUGAUGCUGAGGUCCAGCAUGUGCAAGCACAACACAUGAGAUGGAGGGAGGGAGGGAGAAAGAGAGGCAGUUGGAAAGACAGAGGGAAACAGAUAAAGAUGUCAGAGAGGGGAGAAAAAGUGGAAGUUAAAAAAAGAGGGAAAUAAAAAAAACUGAAGAAAGAGAAGGACAGUGGUUGAGAGUGCUCCAUGGCCUUGCUCUAUCCCCGCAAUAAAGAGCUGAUGACAUCACCCCACUUCCUGACCUUUGAACCCUAACCACUGAGCCACCCUGAUCCUGCACUGGGGUCCGUGGCCCUCUACCUGGUUAUGUGGACAACCAGUCAUGCCUUACACACACAUGGCCAUACCCUGCCCUCCAAAGCAUCCAGCACUGCUACUACAAGAACUACUACUACUACUACUACUACUACCGCUGUACAUUAUGACAUACAUGUAACAUAAUGAACAAGCACGAGCCAUUGUAUGAUCUGAUCUGACUCCUGGUUUCCACUAUGCACACACAUUAUGGCUGUGUGGGGGAACCUGUCCUUGUCUCUGUAGUUUAUUUACAACACUCUCCUCUCCCUGUGAUGAGACCACGAGUUAGAAGUUGUCCUUAUUCCCAGAUCUAGGAUCAGAUUGCCUUGACCUGCUCCUAACUAUAACCAUUAGGGGGAAGUUAACAUAUCUGACCCUGUAUCAGUGGUUCAGGAUAGCCUCUACCUACUCUCAUAAGGUAACUACUCCAAAGGCACUUUGGGUUUGUUGCAUUGCUGAGGAGGUUUAAACAUUCCAAUAGAAUACUGUACAAUGACAAUUAGGGUAUGUUCAAGACUGCGAUGUUUCAUGCAAUAAUUGUAUAUUGCAACAUUCUGAACUGAUAAUCACCCAUUUCAAAUUGUUGCACAAUUGCAUUGUAACUGAUCCUGAACACACCAAUAGUUUUACUGUUGUCUUGAUAAAGCACAUAUUAAGAGUAGAACAGCACAAAUAAUACUCACUUCAUCAACAGAUGUUUUUGGACCUAACUUUGUGUGGAAACAGAUUAAGGCGGAAAUCUAACCAGAGAUCUAUCAAAAUGUAUUGUGUCAAAUGUGGAAUAGAGUCAGGGCAGUUCUAUCUGCAACACUGGAAACGUUUUGCCCCAGGAGUCUUUUCGGAGAUGGGAGGAGGAUUGCAUGUUCCAUGAUGAGUCAGUGUCCAGUCCACCCUCUGUCUGUGACUCAUUGAAUAGAGCACAUCCGUUAGAGUGUCUGUCCCUGUAACUCAAGCCACUGUGACCCGUCUGUCCUUGCAACCUCCCUGGAUGAGUAAUAACACUUCUGGUAUCCCCCCGUAAAGGGUUCCGGUGUCUUGGCAUGCGUCCCAAAUGGUAACCUUUUCCCUUUAAAGUGCACUUGUAGAGCACUAUAAAGGGAAUGGGCCAGUAAUCAAAGGUCGCCGGUUCGAAUCGCCGAGCUGACUAGGUGAAGAAUCUGUCGAUGUCCCCUUGAGCAAGGCACUUAACCCUAAUUGCUCCUGUAAGUCACUCUGCUAAAUGAAAAGAAAUGGAAAUAGAAUAGGGUACCUUUUGACCGCAGACUAUGUCUCUGUAUAAAGUCAUAUGUGGUGCCAUUCUUUCAGUGGAAUGACAAGUCUGCACAUUCGCCAUUGUCUGAGAUUCUGUUAUGCUCAACAACCAUUGAAAAGUGCAUAAUACUAAUGGUACUAUUAAAAUGGCAUUUACUGUAUAGAUGAGUUGUGCGCAAUACCCUGCUGCUACUGAAGAAACACUAGACGUGUCUAACAGCAUGUUACGGUCUCUGUUUUAAUGUCCUCUCAUUUCAAAACUAGAUUGAAUUUACUUUGGAAUGUGACUGAAUCCAUCUCUUCUUUUGGUUGCAAUGUGUAAUCAGUAUAUUUUGAAGUAAUAAACCACACAUAUCAGACCGCA